AUGGCCAUCACCUCAGUACCAGCCAGCGAGCAAGAGUUCGCAAUCUUGAUGCACGGCAAAUCUGCCACUGAGCGCAAUGCUUUCAUCUCCAUGUUACGCAAGGACGGACAAGCACAUCGUCUCGUUACAGAUGAGUACGUCCAGCGUUGGUCCGAGGACAAUGACGAAGCACGAAAGUCCAGACAAGACUCCUACAUGUCCUUGGUCAACAAUUACUACGAUUUGGCGACCGAUCUUUACUGCGAAGGCUGGGGAGAAUCGUUCCAUCUUUGUCGAUUCGCGCCAAAGGAGUCGUUGGUACAAGCACUGGCCCGUCAUGAGCAUUACUUAGCACACAUGAUCGGUAUCAAAGAAGGUCAUACCGUACUCGACGUAGGUUGUGGUAUAGGUGGUCCAGCAAGGGCGAUAGCUACAUUCACUGGCUGCUCCAUCGUUGGUGUGAACAACAAUGGAUACCAGAUCGAGAGAGCGACAGCACUCACAGCCAAACGUAACCUUUCCGAGAAAGUCUCCUUUGUGAGGAACAACUUCAUGGAUCUGAGCUUUCCAGACAACACUUUCGAUGCUGUAUAUGCUAUUGAAGCCACCUGCCAUGCUCCAGUCCUCGAGGGCGUUUAUGCGCAGAUGUUCCGCGUCGCCAAACCAGGAGCAGUGGUUGGCGUUUACGAAUGGGUCAUGACAGAUCACUACGACGAAGACAACUCGGAGCAUCGCGCGAUUCGCCAUGGUAUCGAGAGAGGCAACGGCAUCUCCAACAUGGUAACCAGAAAAGAGGCAGAGAAAGCUUUCUUGAAGGCAGGCUUCACCAUGUUACAUGAUGAAGACCUGGCGGAGCGAAAAGAUGCAAGGCCCUGGUAUGCCCCGUUGAGCGGCAACAUCAACUAUGCCACAGGAAUCUGGGAUUUCCUUGGUGCGCUGCGCAUGACAAAGGCUGGUCGGUUUGUCAUGGAGUCUCUGCUUUCAUCAUUGGAGAUGGUGAGAUUGGCGCCGUCUGGUACAGCAGAGACGGCCAAGGAGUUGUCUGUUGGCGCUGAUGCUCUGGUUGCUGGUGGAAAGAAGGCUCUGUUCACUCCAAUGUAUCUCAUGGUCGGAAGGAAGCCUCUGCAAUAG